AUGUGUGGUAUACUACACGCUUAUAUAAGCGUAUCGACUCCAUGUAUCAAAGUUAUGUAUACUGUCAAAAUGGGAAAAGAGGAAGUUUUUACAUUAAUGGAGACACAGAUUUAUCCAUUGGCCACAAUCAUGAGAUAUAUUUUUUUCGUCACAGUGCUAUUGGCAAAUGGACACUAUUCUGAAGGGUUCCAAAUACGGCUGUGGCCAACUAAUUCACGUGGUACGGAAGGAUUUGUUGAGGCAUUUUAUAAUGGUUCUUGGGGCUUUGUUGGUAAUCCUGAGCUACAGUUUACCGAUGCAACGGCAGCAUAUUUAUGCAAAACGCUGGGUUUAAGUCAAUUCGGUUAUGGUUCUGGUUGGACAUCAAUAGAAAACUAUACCGGGCAUUCCUGGCUGAUCGGUGGACUGGAAUGUUUUGGAAAUGAGACUACCCUUGAUCAAUGUAAGGGAUCGUCCGGUUGGAAAUUUGACAAUUACACAAGCCAGUCAUCAUGGGGUUACAGAUAUGGUAGCAGGCUAUAUUGUGUUGCAAGCCUCUUUGACGAAGGGACAACAGGACAUCAGCAGCAGUCAGGUUUUGGUAAACCACCCCAGCAAAAUGAAUUCGUCAUGGGGAUCGUCACAAAUUCAAAAGCAACAAGUCUAUUUGGCUCAUCAGUAUUUAGCAAACAGCGAAGUACUGAUGAGAGACGUUUGUGA